AAGCAAGCAUGGCCUAUAUUAUUGAGAGGCGAGGAUAUGAUAGGUAUAGCCCAAACAGGGACUGGAAAAGCUUUAGCAUUUCUGCUUCCUGCUUUGAUUCAUACUGAUGGACAGACUACACCACGUGAGAAACGUAAUGGUCCAAAUAUAUUAAUUUUAGCGCCAACGCGAGAAUUAGCAUUACAAAUAGCAAAAGAAGUUAACAAGUACUCGUUCCGUGGAAUAAAAGCUGUAUGCAUUUAUGGUGGUGGGAAUCGUCGUGACCAAAUUAGUGUUUUCAAAGAAGGAGCUGAAUGCGUUAUUUGUACUCCUGGACGUCUUAAUGAUUUGGUUCAAGCUAAAGUUAUAGACAUUACAUCAGUUACAUAUUUAAUACUAGACGAAGCGGAUCGUAUGCUGGAUAUGGGUUUCGAGCCACAGAUCCGAAAAAUUCUACUCGACAUACGUCCUGACAGGCAGACCGUCAUGACUAGUGCCACCUGGCCACCAAGUGUUGGUAGAUUGGCCGAAAGUUAUAUGAACAAUCCUAUUCAAGUGUGUGUUGGUUCGCUUGAUUUAACUGCCACUCAUACUGUGAGUCAAAAUGUAGAACUCUUGGAGGAUGCGGACAAAUUUAAUACGGUCCUUGCAUUUUUAAAAAACCUUAAAUCAACCGAUAAGGUUAUUAUCUUCUGUUCUAAGCGAGCUCGUGCUGACGAUUUGUCCAGUGAUUUAUCUCUAAAAGGCCUGUCAACACAAUGUAUACAUGGUUCUCGUGAUCAGACCGAUCGAGAACAAGCACUGGCUGAUAUAGCGUCAGGUGAUAUACAGGUUUUGAUAGCGACAGAUGUUGCUUCAAGAGGUUUAGAUAUUGAGGAUAUUACUCAUGUUAUUAAUUUUGAUUUUCCGCGUAAUAUUGAGGAGUAUGUUCAUCGUGUUGGUAGAACUGGACGCGCUGGGCGAACUGGCACUGCCAUAAGUUAUAUAACACGCUCGGAUUGGGGUGUUGCAAAGGAUCUCAUUCGUAUUUUAGAAGAAGCUGGUCAAGCAGCUCCAGAAGAACUAUACAGAAUGUCCAAUCGUUUUGAGAAGAUGAAAGAAAGACGUGGUACAGAUUUUAAAAGGGGUGGUGGUUUUAAUCGCCGUUACUAAAUGAUAUUUUUUUAAUAUAUGGUAGGGGUAUUAUUCGAUAAACAAGAUCGUGAAUAACCCUGUUUGAUUCGAACCGAUCAGUGUUUUACUUAAAAAAGUGUUGA